AUGAAGAGUUCCCCUGGGAGUCUGCUUAUUUCACUCGGGGCUCUGGUGCUAUCUUAUGCAGGGAUACGAGUGGGUUGUCUACCAGAUCCCUUCGCGGGUGCUGGGAUUCCUUUGGAGAUAGUGUUUAAUGAGCUUCUUGCAAAGAAUCAAGGCCCUGCGUAUGCUGCGUGUCGAAUGUUUCCUAACAAGAAUUCCCAACCUGGUCAGCCAAGGAUCACAGGACACGUUCUCUUCAAACAACUAGAUCCAAAAAGCGGUGUAGAAGGCUAUUUCAACUUGCAAGGAUUUCCUUCUAGCAGCAUCAAGCAUCCAAUGCAUGUCCAUGAGCUCGGAUCUGUGUGGGACAGCUGUGAAUCCACGGGUAAACACUACAACCCCUUCAAUACAAACCACCCCAAUCACCCUGGAGACUUCAACAAUUUCGAAGUAACUGGUGGGAAAAUUGUUAAACGCCUCACUGGUCUCAAGGUGACCUUGUUUGGCAUUAAUUCAAUUCUUAGCCGAGGUGUGGUCUUGCAUAAUGGUGUGGAUGACUUGGGACAAGGUGGGGAUAGUGGAAGUCUUCAGGAUGGAAACUCAGGGAGGCCUAUAGCUUGCUGUGUCAUCAGAGUCAGUACAGUUGAGUUUUGGAAUUCUAUUGCUUCAACUUAA